AUGCCACACGACUCAUCAGACGCGUCAGAAGCUCCCAAAGUGAAGAAAGAGCAUGAAUCCUCUUCUAGUCGCGUAAAGAAACAUGCCAGACGUGACUCGCGAUCCAAGUCUGCUUCUAGGAGACCCAAAAAGGAGGAAGAGGCGUCAUCAGGCUCAGACGAAGAGCAAAACGCCCCGCGUGUGAAGAAGGCCGAAAGUGACGAUGAGGAGAGCAAUAUUGUACAUCCUAGUCGCAAACGGGUUAAAGGAAUCAAUGGCCAGCCUCGACCCUCGACUAUCCAAGAUAGCUCUGACGAGGAGGAGGGGGCGGAGGAAGAAAACAAGGAGCACAUUGCAAAAGUUGAAAAAAUAUUUGUACGAGAUCCUAAAGAUGGAUACUUGCCUGGAUCCAUCGUCCGCAUCCGCUGUAAAAACUUUUUGACAUACGACUUUGUCGAAUUCUCACCUGGACCUCGCAUGAAUAUGAUUUUGGGACCUAAUGGAACUGGAAAGAGCACUAUCGCGUGUGCUAUUUGUAUUGGUCUAGGGUUUUCCAUCAAUACACUAGGUCGCGCAGACCAACUCUCCUCGUUUGUAAAGCAUGGCUAUGACCAAGGCUAUAUUGAAAUAGAACUCAAAGGAGAUCUCGGCAAGAAGAACUUAAUCGUUCGUCGAAGCAUAACCAGCAAAAGCAAUACGAGUACAUGGCUGCUUAACGGAAAGCAAUCGCCGAAAUCUGCUGUCGAAAAAGAGGUUGCAAACCUUGACGUUCAAGUCGGCAACCUUUGCUCGUUUCUUCCUCAAGAUAGAGUCAACGAAUUCGCAAAGCUAAAACCAGAGGAGCUUCUGGUCGAAACUCAAAAAGUUGCUGGGCACAAAAAACUGAACUAUUGGCACGGCCAACUCAUCGAAUUGGGGAAGAAACUCAAGGAUGCCAAAGAGGAAUUGGCAGCAGAUCAACAAAGUUGCACUCACGAGGAGGAAAGAAAUAAGAUUCUCGAAAGGGACGUGAAGGCAUUUAAAAAGCGAAAAGAGCUGGAAGAACAGAUUAUUGUGCCUUGGUUUCGAGACAAAGUCAAAAAGAGUCAAAUGAGAGAGUUAAGACACAGAUGGAAAGAAGCUGGAGUUAGGCUCGCAACGGCUAUGGAGGAGCACAAACCAGCUAUUGAUUUCAAGAAGCAAAUGGAAAAAGAUCUCUCCGCCGCUGAGUCACUCGUCAAAGAUACAAUUGCUAUGGUCAACAAUACUAGAAAGGAUGUUGACAAGCUCAAGACCAAGGACAAGGCUCUGGCUGAUAGCUGUCAUGAGAUCCAAGAUAGUAUUUUGACUCUCAAGCGGGAUGCUGAGGAGUCCCAAAAUAAAAUUAAGGAGCUAGAGAAGACAAUCAAGCGCCGGGAAUCGCAACUUGAGGAGAUGGAGAAGACUGCUGUCAGCCAAGAAGCCCAAAAUGCUCUUACGGAAAAAAAGCGCCGUGUGCAACAAGAAAGAGAGUCUCUUCGAAUGACAAUGGAUGAAAUUGAGCAGGAGAUCGCCCGUGCCCAGAUCGAUGAAAAUAGAGCAAAAGACGAGUUGCGAAUAUUUCAUUUGUGUUUGGACCGCAUACUAAGCAUCUUCGACAGGCUGAAACGACUCGCAGAUCCGAAGACACGUCGACUAGAUAUUAUGCGUAAUCCAAUGGAUCAAAGACAUCGCGCGAUCGCAGAUCAAAACUUUGUAGAGGCAUUCAUAUGGCUUAGAGACAACCAGAACCAGUUCCGUCAAUUCAUUGAACCGGCCUGUUUAUCCGUCUUCGUUCCAAACACUCGAUACGCCGCAUCAGUGGAAGCGUGCAUCAAUCCAAAUCAAAUGAGGACGUUCAUCUUCAAUAAUGAAGAUGAUUACCAGCGCUUUAACCGGUACCUCGACGACCGGCGAUUCGAUCCUCGGCCUACAUCUUGGUUCCGACCUGGUACUUUCCGAGAUCUGUCCUCAGAUCAUACGCCACAGCAAUUAGAAGCCGCUGGAAUGGAGGGUUUUGUACUAGACUUCGUAGAAGCACCUGAUGAGGGUGUCGCAACGGACGUGAGCAAGGCUAAUGCACAAGCUGCUACACAACUGUUUUCACCGAAUGUGCCUGGGGUCACUGGUCGUUACAUCAUUGGCUCUACGAACUAUGCAAUUAAUCGUUCAGCAUAUGGAAGGCGAUUACCACAGACCAAUACUUCCAGUAUCGCCUCUCCGGUAUGGUUCACCGAUCAGCCAGUCGACAGGGAUAAAAAACGUGACAUAGAAAUGCGAAUACAGGAAGCUGCCACGCAUGCUACGGAGAAGAGAGUGGCCAGAGAACAACUCGAUGAGAGAGAGGAGGAUAUUCGCACACGUGAGAAGGACAUCAAAUCCCAAGUGGUCCAGGUAGAAAAAGAGUAUAAAGCAGCGAUAGAGAGGACCAAAGACCUAAAGCGGUUGAGGCAAACCCUAGGUAGAGUGACCACCAUCGUUCCAUAUUAG